AUGUUAGGGGAUGUGGAGGGUGGCAAUGGAGGUACAUUGACGAGUAAGACUGUAGAGUUGGCGAAGAUCCUCCGGAAGAGGAAGGUCAAUAUAGCGUGCGUCCAGGAGACUAGAUGGGUAGGGUCGAGGGUGAGGGUCGCGGACGGGUAUAAACUAUGGUACUCCGGGGUCCAGAAGGGUAAGAAUGGCGUGGGUAUCUUGGUGGAUAGGGAACUACGAGAGUCUGUGGUAGAGGUUAGACGGGUGGAUGACAGAUUGAUGACUAUUAAGUUAGUAGUUGGAGAGUCCACCUUAAACAUUGUCAGUGCUUACGCGCCACAUGCGAGCCUGGCUGAGGAGAUUAAAUGGUGCUUCUGGAAGGGGUUAGAUGAGAUUGUGCGCCAGGUUCCGCCUACGGAGAGGCUAUUUAUAGGAGGGGAUUUCAAUGGUCGUAUUGGGUCGACUGCAGGUGGUUAUGACGAGGUGCAUGGAGGCUUCGAUUUUGGGGAGAGGAACAGAGGAGGUACCUCGCUGUUGGACUUUGCUAAGGCUUUUGGGUUGGUGAUUGCGAACUCCAGUUUUCCAAAGAGAGAUGAGUAUUUGGUUACUUUUCAAAAUACAGUGGUAAAGACUCAGAUCGACUAUCUCCUCCUCAAGAGAUGUGACAGAGGGUUGUGCAAGGAUUGCAAGGUUAUUCCGAGUGAGAGGAGGAAAAUGUAUGGCCGAGGAAGACCGAAAAUUAGGUGGGGAGCAUUGACCAAGGAUAAAGCCCAAGAGUUGGAGGGGAGGUUGUCAGCUGUGGGAGCCUGGAGGAGUAGCGACGAUGCAAGCAUUAUGUGGUCGAUGACAGCAGGCUGUAUAAGGGAAGUUGUAAGAGAGGUGUUAGGGAUCUCGGCGUGA